UUCCAAAGAAAAUGAAAUAUCGAAAAAGAUUGUUUGCAAUGGAUGAAUACGAGUUAAAAGCAGCUCUAGAGUCAUUGUUACCUGAUCAAGUGGUUGAGGGAGCUAAAAAGGAAACAAUGCAAGAAGAAUUAGUACAAUGGAUCCUUUCCGAAGGUCUAACAGCUCGACACGAAUUUUUAUUUUAUAAGGAAGAAGGCCCUCCAACACCUGGAACUGAGGAAGGGGAAAUAAAUAAUAAUUUAGAAAAUAUUCCAAGAAUAUGGCUAUUAAAUAAAAGGGCAAAAGGCUGUCCUUGUUGUGAAGGUAAAUAA